AUGUGGGAGGAGAACUUCGACACGGACAAUCAUGGGGUUGAUUACUCACCGGUUUCAUGGAGUGAAUACUUUGAAACGAUGGACGAUGUGGUUAUCGGGACAGCUGAGAGCAAGGACGUGUUCCGUGUGUACAAGAGUGGAGUAGAUGGACCCUUACUGGUGCUGCUGCACGGAGGAGGACACUCAGCCCUCAGCUGGGCCGUGUUUACCGCUGCCAUGACCAGCAGAGUGACCUGCAGAGUUCUGGCCAUGGAUCUACGGGGUCACGGUGUCACUCAAGUUCGCCAUUCCGACGACCUCUCCACUCUGACCAUGUCCAGAGAUGUGGCCAAUGUGGUGCGAGCAACCUAUGGGGAGAUCCCGCCCCCCAUCAUUCUGGUUGGGCACAGUAUGGGCGGGGCCAUUGCGGUGCACGCGGCCAGCGGGGCUCUCCUGUCGUCUGUGGUAGGACUGGUCGUCAUCGACGUGGUCGAGGGAAGUGCCAUGGAUAUGCUCCACAGCAUGCAGAACUUCCUCAGAGGACGGCCCAAAUCCUUCAAGACCAUCGGCCACGCCAUCGAGUGGAGUGUUAAGAGUGGUCAAAUUAGAAACUUAGAAUCUGCAAAAGUGUCAAUGGUUGGUCAAGUGCGACGGUGUGAGGGGGAGGAGGGGGACACGGCGGAGCAGGUGAGUCCAGUGGGCGAGGGUGUGGCCGAGGGCAAUGAGGAGUUCUAUGACCUGAACUAUGCCACGGAUAAAGCAGAGAGCGCUGCAUCUGAGGUGAGCCUCAGUGACCCGGAGACGUUGAGUUCGUACUGCUGGCGGAUUGACCUGUCCAAGGCAGAGAAGUACUGGGACGGCUGGUUUCGAGGCAUCUCCAACCUCUUCCUCAGCUGCAAUGUGCCCAAGCUGCUGCUGCUAGCAGGGAUUGACCGUUUGGACAGAGACCUAACUAUAGCCCAGAUGCAAGGUAAAUUUAUGAUGCAGGUGCUGCCCCCGUGUGGACAUGCAGUGCAUGAAGACACACCAGACAAAGUUGUUGAUGCGCUAGCCAGUUUUAUGAUCCGACACAAGUUUGCAGAAGCCAGGAGUGAAACAAAAAGCUCCUCCUAUCCAUUCAUGCGAUGAGGAUAACAAAAAGGAUUGCUGAGAUGUGCUAAGCCAUGAGGUCUCUCAUUCAACCAAAACAACCAG